CACGGGAACUUUGCGUCUUAGGGUCAUUAUACACGAGGGGUAGCGUGUGUACUGGAAUGUAGAAAGUUAGAAUGUGUAGGAUGACAGUAAAAAGUAUAAGAUAACCUGAACGAAUGUUUUAGUAAUAGAAGUGGUGUGUUUUUGAUCAAACAUCUCGCUUACGCCAUUGUAUGAUUUCUCUGCAGUUAUUGUUUGAAAAGGAUUACUCAUUGUUUUAUUGAUUUGUGGUUUAAUUGGCAGCAUGGCGGAAGUAGAUCGUCCUGGUAAAUUAUUUAUUGGCGGACUGAAUUUUGAAACAAACGAAAAAGCUAUCGAAUCUGUAUUUGCAAAAUAUGGGAAGGUGGUCGAAGGCUAUAGAUGGAAAACCAAUUAAAGUUGAACAAGCAACUAAACCCACUGGCAGUAGCAGACGCCCACCACCGAGAAGUUAUGGUCCUCCAAGGGGGUUUAGAGGUGGGAGAGGAGGCUUUAGAGGACCACCUCAUAGAGGUCCACCUUCUCCACGGGGGCCCCCACCAAUGAAAAGAGGACCACCAUCUCGAAGUGGAGGACCUCCUCCUAAAAGAUCGAUGAGAGGUCCACCGUCACGAGAGAGAGAUAGUUAUGGACCCCCUAGGAGGGAGUCUCUACCUUCCCGAAGAGAUGACUAUGGAUCUCCAAGAGAUGACCACUAUCUUAAAGAAAGUUAUUCCAGCAGAGAUUAUCCUAGUUCCAGAGAGUCUAGGGACUAUUCAUAUCGUGAGUAUAGCCAUUAUAAUUCCCGUGAUGAAUAUGGUUAUGGUUCCAGAGGAUAUAGUGAACGUGAUGGGUAUAGUCGUGAUGGCCGCUAUAGUCGUGACUUCAUUUCUGAUAGACCGAGUGGAGGGUCUUACAGAGAUUCUCAUGACAGUUAUGGUAAUUCUCGUGGUCCACCUGCCAGAGGGCCACCACCAUCAUAUAGUGGAAGCAGCCGUUAUGAUGAUUACAAUUCUCGAGAUGGAUACAGUAGCAGAGAUCAUUACCAAAGCAGCCGAAGUGAUCCUUACUCCAGUGGUAGAGGUGAUCGUUUUGCCAGACAAGAAAGGGGACCUCCCCCAACAGUUGACAGAGGUUUUGCUCCACGGAGUUCUUAUGGCAGUUCAAGUCGUGGAGCACCCAGAGGCAGAGGUCGUGGAGGCAGUCGCUCAGCCAGAGGAGGAAGCCGAAGCAGAUAUUAAGCUUAAAACAUUGUAUGCUUGGACCAAAACGAAAUGGACAUCUAUCCCUAAAUUAAGUGGAGUACGUUCAGAUCUCAUUAGGAAAUAAAAUUUGGGGACCUUUUUUUUCUUAUUUAUGUAACUACAGUUCAGGGGUCGAAAUAAGGAUUUGUCAGCCAAAGCUGACUCCUGUAAUGUAUAAUGGAACUCUUUUCUAAAAAAAAAUGUAUUUUUAUUUUUUAUUUGCGUUUUAAGGUUUAAAUCUAGCUACGUUUUUAAGGUGUAUUUUUUAUUAUAUUUUUUCUUUGUCACCAACUUUUCAAGUUUUCUUUGGUCCGUUCUGCCCCAAUGUUCUCCAGUAUGUUUUUUUGGGAGGAGGUAUUUUUCUUCUGUCCAUGUAUUGCGCCAGUCAGUUAUGUUAGUAGUGCCAUACCACAUUUUGCUUGGACUUCAUGCCUAAGCUUUGGUUGCAUAAUUGUCUGUGACUGCAGUAGUCAUGCCGCCCAGACCCCCCCCCCCCCUCAGUUUUUUGAGAGAGGCUGGCACCAAGUUGUGGUCAGCACCUGCUGAAACAAAUUGCCUCUUGUUUUGAGCCCUGUAGUGUUUGCUAUUUUUUGUAAAGCAGGUUAAGUGAAUAUUUCCAUUUCCGUAAUGUUGACAAUUCAUGCAAAAAUGUAGCAUGUUAUGUUCAUGUGAAUUCUUUGUGCCAGUGUUUUCUAAAGUAAAAUCUCAAAACGUGCAAACUUGUGCAGCUUCUACAUUUCAUUUUCUUCAAAGGAUUACUUGAUCUGUUUCACAUACUUUAAAUGCAAAAAAAAAAAAAAAAUUUAAAGAUGCACUCUUCCAAGUUUGGAUUGGAGGCUGGCUGUUUUUGUAUAUCCCAGCUUGUCUGUCCCUGAGAAAAAUCUUAUGCUGCAUAUGUCAUCAGUGGAUAUUCUACAGACAGUUGUUUAACCACUGAAAACCUAAGUGCAAGAAAUAGUUGGCAAACUCAUUCCAGUCAUUUGGUCACGCAAUCUUGGUGGUCUCCAGUCUUAUUAAAAUGAGUCCUUGGAUGCAGUUUAAGAAAAUUAAACAAUCUUAACUAAAAUGA